AUGGGACAAACACCACCGUCAGACGAAAUGGAAGUAAACGAUAAGCUCCUAUCGGACGAGGAGGCACGGUGGAGAUACGACCGCAAUGCGCAGAGCAGCGUACGAGAAAAAUAUGGAACAAUUUUCCUCCUCAUCGCCACGGCCAUCAUAUCAUGCGGGAUCGGUGCUGUUGUCUCGCAUCAACAAAAGGAUUCAGAGAAAGCUUGCACAUUGCGAGUUUCGCAAUAUUCACCCGUGAUCUCCAACGUCGGCAUCGCGUAUCAUCAAGUACAGUUCAACGGGUCCUUCCUCAACGAGAACGUCUAUCGCAAGGAUGCUGGUCCAGAGGUAGAUGCAGCGUGGGAAGCUCUCGGUGCCAAUUACCGAAGCAUCAGAGUUCCUCCAGAGGAAGCAGAACGAUCAGGCCUCGCAAAAGACCAAGUCAAAAUCAAUGAAAAGUACGGUGGGGGUUACCCUGCAAAUGUGGAAGGUCUCCAUCAUCUUCAUUGCCUGAACCUCCUCCGCCAAUCCCUCUACUACAACUACGAUUACUACCAUAAACAGGGCAAAGGAGCCUUCACAAACGAUGAUUACAUCGUCCGACGACACGUCUCCCAUUGUCUCGAUAUCCUCAGACAGCAGCUCAUGUGCUCGAUCGACAUUGGUGUUCUAGGACAGGUCUGGGUUCAUCCUGAUAAUCCGGAGCCGUUCGUGGACUUCAAUACGAAGCAUCAAUGUCGCAAUUUCGAUGCCAUUCGCAACUGGGCGGAGAAGAACCAGCUUCCAGAGUCGGUUCCUUCGGAUUUCUUAGAGCCGCCGAAUAAGGGCGACAGGGUGUUUGAGGCGGUGCCGUAA